AUGAGCUGGGACUGUUGUGAUGCACUGCCAGUGAGCUGUGGCUGCUGUGAUGCAGUGCAGAUGAGCUGUGGCUGCUGUGAUGCAGUGCAGAUGAGCUGUGGCUGCUGUGAUGCAGUGCAGAUGAGCUGUGGCUGCUGUGAUGCAAUGCAGAUGAGCUAUGGCUGCUGUGAUGCAGUGCACAUGAGCUGUGGCUGCUGUGAUGCAAUGCAGAUGAGCUGUGGUUGCUGUGCUGUAGUGCAGAUGAGCUGUGGCUGCUGUGAUGCAGUGCACAUUAGCUGUGGCUGCUGUGAUGCAGUGCAGAUGAGCUGUGGCUGCUGUGAUGCAGUGCAGAUGAGCUGUGGCUGCUGUGAUGCAGUGCACAUUAGCUGUGGCUGCUGUGAUGCAGUGCACAUGAGCUGUGGCUGCUGUGUUGCAGUGCAGAUGAGCUGUGGCUGCUGUGAUGCAGUGCAGAUGAGCUGUGGCUGCUGUGAUGCAGUGCAGAUGAGCUGGGGCUGCUGUGAUGCAGUGCACAUUAGCUGUGGCUGCUGUGAUGCAGUGCAGAUGAGCUGUGGCUGCUGUGAUGCAGUGCACAUGAGCUGUGGCUGCUGUGUUGCAGUGCAGAUGAGCUGUGGCUGCUGUGAUGCAGUGCAGAUGAGCUGUGGCUGCUGUGAUGCAGUGCAGAUGAGCUGUGGCUGCUGUGAUGCAGUGCACAUUAGCUGUGGCUGCUGUGAUGCAGUGCACAUGAGCUGUGGCUGCUGUGAUGCAGUGCAGAUGAGCUGUGGCUGCUGUGAUGCAGUGCAGAUGAGCUGA